AUGGCCAACCAAUCCAAUAUCUUCGAACAACUACAAAAACGCCUCCAGAUCCUGGAAGAUAAGGAUGCCCUUCAGACGUUGCUAAACACAUAUUGCACCACGGCAGAUGCCAAAGACUGGGAAGGUUACGCCGGGACCUAUAUCGAGGAUGGGCCUAUUAUGACUUUCGAAUCCUGGGGCGAUGUUGUUGGCCGAGACGCCAUACUCAAGGCAGCCAGUGUAGAGUCACAGUUUGAGGGCCUUCAGCACACAAUGACCAACAUGGAGUUCAAGGUGGACGGUUCAGACAAGGCGACCGGUACCGCAUACCUGUGGUUUUGCGCGACACCCGAGAUAUCGAAGCCAGAAACCCACUAUGCAUUUGGUGGACCGUACCGAUUUGAAUUCCAACGAACUACGCAAGGAUGGAGAAUCGCGCACAUGUGGUUGAAAAAGAUCUGGGCACAGGGCACCGACACGAAAAAGGUGUUCGGCGUCUCCCCUCGAGAUGGCCGGGCUAGCCUGUUCACAUCAAUGUCUACCAACUCGAAGUCGCUGUCGAAAAUGAAUGGUUAUCCUAGCUUGCUAAGUGCAGACUUGCUCAAAGGCCAGGUCGGUUUAAUUACCGGGGCAGGCACUGCGUACGGCAUCGGUCGUGAAUGCGUCAAAAAGUUCGCUGCUGCUGGGGCGAAAGCCGUCUAUGCGUGCGACUUGAAUAUCAACGCUAUCCCCUCUCUGCAAGAAGAAUGCAAGAAAGCCGGACACACCACCAUCAUUGAAGGACGAAAGCUCGACGUCUCUUCGGAGGAACAGACAUUGGCAGUUGUUAAGGAAAUCACCAAGAAGCAUGGGCGAUUCGAUUUCUACAUUCCAAAUGCUGGCUUCGCAAACUACAGACACCUCAACGAUACAGAGCUGGCUCACUAUGACCGACAAGUCAAUGUUAUGACGCGCGGAGUGUUCAUUGGCAUCAAAUACGGCAGUCAGGCCAUGGCGGUCACGUCUGAGGAGAAGCCACAGCCUGGAGGAGUCUUUGUGGUCACCGGAUCGUGUGCUGGGUAUCUUGGAUCGUACUCCGAUCUCCCUUAUGCGGUCGCCAAGACAGCACUGCAUGGCAUGAUCAGUGGCGCGUCGGUCCAUCUCUCAUCCAGUAACAUCCGCGUCAACGGCGUCGCUCCUGGUUUCACAAAGAGCGGUAUCUUGUCAAACUCACAAAAAGCCGAGCAAGGCGAGUACAAAACCGAUGAGGACGCGGAACAGUUGCAGAAAAACCAUAUGUGGUUUUUUGAACGAGCAGGGUUGUUGAAAGCACCAGAAUAUUACUACAACCGACUGCAAGACCCAGACGAGGUUGCCAACAUUCAACUGUUUCUGGCGUCGAACCUCUCUUCAUUUCACGAAUGGGCGAGAGAAUAUGGAAAGAUAUAUUCUCUAAAGGUGUUCGAUUCCAACAUGAUUGUGCUGGCCGACCGCAAAGCCAUAUAUCAGCUGCUGGAAAAGAAAGGCAGUAUAUAUUCAGAGAGGCCAAAUCUUGCGGUUCCUACAUUCAUGAGCCGUGGCUGCCAUAUGACCUUUGAACAAGCUACUCCAGAAUGGAGAGAAAAGCGUUCUGUAAUCACGAGGAACCUCAAUCCCCAAAACUUGGACAAGAAACAUUUCAGAGUCCAAGAGGCAGAGUCGAUUCUGUUCAUGAACAACCUCGUCCACCACCCGAACAAGGCUUUCGACUAUGCAAGGUUGUACGCCUCCUCGGUAGCGGCCAUCCUCGUCUGGGGGUUCCGGGCAAAGGACUUUGACUCGUUCUUCUACAAGGAAUUUUAUAACUUUGUGGAUCAGUGGCUCGAUGCAAUCGAACCGGGAGCGAACCCACCAGUGGAACAAUUGCCGUGGCUGUGGUAUCUCCCAGGAGCCUGGAAGAAGCGAGCCUACCACGUCCGAAGUCUCAUGGAUACGACCUGGUCCAAAGCGAGGCAAAUGGUUGAAGAACGCCGCAGCAGAGGUGACGUGCGUGACUCAAUGAUCGAUCUGAAGCUGGCGGAGUACGAGAAAAGUGGCUGGCCUAUGUCACAGUACUCGUUUAACAACUUGGGUGGCGAGAUGCUUGAAGCUGGAGCAGACACCACUGCCAAUAUGCUUCUGACCAUUAUCCUUGCCGUGACCAAGUUCCCGGAGGUCCAGAUUAAGGCAAGAAAGGAACUGGAUGAAGUCUGCGGAACGGAGAGAACGCCUUUGUUCUACGAUUUUGAUCGCCUUCCUUAUAUCAAUUGUAUCAUCAAAGAGGCUUUGAGGUGGCGCCCAACUUCCGAUCUGGGAAUCCCACAUCGACUCGCAAAAGAUGACUGGUAUGAGGGCAUGUUAUUCCCCAAAGAUAGCACGGUCUGGCUGGCUGCCUGGGCAAUCCAUCAGAGCGCCGACGAGUAUCCAGAUCACGACCGCUUCAAUCCCGAUCGAUUCAAGAAUCAUACAAAGCUUGCCAACGAAUACGCCGUUGGGCCGGACUGGCAAAACCGAGAUAAGUUUUUCCUUGUAUGCUCGUUGCCAGAACCCCUCAGUGCUGACUUUCGCGAGUUUACAUCAUUACGGAUAUGGAGCAGGCCGCAGAAUGUGUCCUGGCAUCCACCUGGCUGA